UGUUCUCGGUCUCAUCCCUCCGCCUCCGAUAUUACAUAGGCACAUCGGGAGCCGCCACUCUCUUCGUUCCCCCUUCCAUGGCCGAGGACGCGAAAGCCAAGGGCAACGCGGCCUUCGCUGCCGGCCGGUUCGACGAAGCUGUCCGCCACUUCUCUGAGGCCAUCGACCUCGCCCCCGCCAACCACGUCCUCUACUCCAACCGCUCCGCCGCCUACGCCUCCCUCCAGCGCUACGAUGCCGCCCUCGCCGACGCCCGCAAGACCGUCGAGCUCAAGCCUGAUUGGGCCAAGGGCUACGGCCGCCUCGGAGCGGCCCACCUCGGUCUCAGCGACGCCGAGCAGGCUGUCGCCGCCUACGAGAAGGGCCUCGAGCUCGAUCCCGCUAACCAGGCGCUCAAGGCCGGUCUCGCUGAUGCCCGCACUGCCGCCUCUCGUUCUCGGGGUCCCCCGCCGCAGGGAGCUUCUCCUUUCGGCAAGAUCUUUCAGGGGCCGGAGUUGUGGGCGAAGCUGACGGCGGAUCCGACUACCAGGAGCUACCUGCAACAACCGGAUUUUGUCAAGAUGAUCCAGGACAUCCAGAAGAACCCUAACAACAUCAACAUGUAUCUCUCGGAUCCGAGGAUGAUGCAGGUGAUUGGGGUUCUUCUCAAUGUCAAGAUGAGGGCACCCACGGAUGAGAUGGCGAGUGAAUCUCCCGAGUCAGAGCAGGCGAAGCCCCAGCCGGAGCCAGCAAAGAAGGCACCAGAACCGGAGCCGGAGCCAGAGCCCAUGGAGGUGGCCGAAGAGGAAACCGGGGCUAAGAGGAGGAAGGCCGAGGCACUGAAGGAGAAGGAAUUAGGGAAUGCUGCUUACAAGAAAAAAGACUUUGAGACGGCGAUUCAGCAUUAUACUCUAGCAAUGGAGCUUGACGAUGGGGACAUUUCUUACCUCACUAACAGAGCUGCUGUUUACUUGGAGAUGGGAAAGUACCAAGAAUGUAUAAAGGAUUGUGAUAAAGCUGUUGAACGAGGCAGAGAGCUUCAUUCCGACUUCAAAAUGAUUGCAAGAGCAUUGACCAGGAAAGGUACUGCACUUGUGAAGCUUGCCAAAUGCUCCAAGGACUAUGAACCUGCCAUUGAGACUUUCCAAAAAGCCCUAACUGAGCACCGUAACCCUGACACUUUGAAAAAGCUCAAUGAUGCUGAGAGGGCAAAGAAAGAAUUAGAGCAACAAGAAUACUUUGAUCCAAAAAUAGCUGAUGAGGAACGUGAGAAAGGCAAUGAGCUUUUCAAGCAGCAAAAGUAUCCAGAAGCAGUACAACAUUAUACUGAAGCUCUAAAGAGGAACCCAAAGGAUCCAAAGGUAUACAGCAAUAGAGCUGCAUGCUACACAAAGCUGGGUGCUUUGCCCGAAGGUCUAAAGGAUGCAGAGAAGUGCAUCGACCUGGAUCCGUCCUUUUCCAAAGGAUACACAAGGAAAGGUGCGGUCCAAUUUUUUAUGAAAGAAUAUGACAAGGCAUUAGAAACAUAUCAGGAGGGCUUGAAACACGACCCAAACAAUCAGGAGUUAAUGGAUGGUGUCAGGAGUUGCGUUGAACAGAUCAAUAAGACAAACAGAGGGGACAUUAGUCCAGAGGAGUUAAAAGAGAGACAGGCAAAGGCCAUGCAGGACCCAGAAAUACAAAACAUUCUAACAGAUCCUGUAAUGCGACAGGUGUUGAUCGACUUCCAAGAGAACCCCAAGGCUGCACAGGAGCACCUCAAGAACCCCCAGGUAAUGCACAAGAUUCAAAAGCUUGUGAGCGCGGGGAUCGUGCAAAUGAGAUAGAAGGCCAACCUUCGGGGACGGAUGUGUUUGAUGUGUUCCCUUUCAGAUGGAAAAGUUUGGAUGAACCUUUUGAGUCUGGUAUUACUUAUGAACAUAAUACUUGCACUUGAUGAUGUCUUUCAAGAUAAUUGUUUCAGUGACCAGACUGUGGUGAUUUCUCAA